GCAAGGACUGCAAGGUGGGUCUCUGUCAAGCUGCUGCUCCAUUCCUCCUCUUCCUCCUCAAUGGCGAAAGCGAGUGAUGAUGGCUCUAAUGGUUCUUACACUGUGUUCUUGGACAGCAAUCUUGAUACCCAUCUCGUCUUGAUCGUAUCUGUUCAGCAUACCGUACGCGACCUCAAAGAUAAAAUAAUGAUUGAACACCCUCAUUGCUUUCCUAACAUUGGUGAGAUUAUUGUCAAUGCUUUAAAGAUAAAACGGAAAGGGUGCUUUUAUCACCUAUCAGAUCCUAUGCUUGUUAAAAGUGUAUUCAAUGGGUCUAUGAAGACAUUGUUUUUGCAAUUUGAUGCUUCUCGUCAAGUUGAGCGCAAGGAAAAUCCAUAUCACUUGGAGCCUGGGGCUAGUGACCUACCAAGCCAUGUGUUUACCAGGGAUGGCCUUUUGUCUGAAACAAAUACUCUUCUACUUGAUCGUCCCUCUAAAGAUGUGUCCAUUUUAGAUGUUCCUCCAGUUCCUGAAGUUGGAAGCAGCCAGCCAAGGGAUAUAUUUCCUCAAAGCUCAUCAGAUGACAAAGAGAAACUAGAAAAUGCCAAUUUGGAGAGGUUAUCUAUUAGACUUCUUAAAGAUGAUCAUUUGUUUCCUCAAAACUCAUCAGAUGACAAAAAGAAACCUAAAAAUGCUGAUUUAGAGGGGUUAUCUGCUAGACUACCUGAAGAUGACCCUUUUCUUAGUCCAGGCAAUAAGAAGAAAAACAAGAAGAAGAAGAAACCAUCAAGUUCCUAUGAUCAAGUAGACUAUGAAGUCCCUUCUGGGAAAAAUGUAUGGGAAGAGGCUUCUAAGGUAGCCUUGGGAAACAGCCAUGGAGAUUUGAGGGGAGAGAUUGAUGCAGCAUUGGCUCCUAAACAAACUAAUGCUGCUCAUCCUUUUGUUGGUUUUGAUAUGGGUAAAACUGGUACUAGCAAGGUGGACGGAAGGGAUACCUCUGACCACAUAGAGGCAACCAGACGAAAAGAAUCAAAAAGGUCAAAGAAACAUCAGGGUGCCAGUGUGGAAGGACUUGAUCUGCCUGAGGUUGCUGAGUGUGGUAACCUCAUAAAGGAUGGCACAACUUUGGUGCAUGAGACUGUUUGCUGUGACAACAAUAAUGUUGAUGAUGUAAGGGGAGAGACUUCUGAGGUAGCUUUGGAAAACAUCCAUAGAAAUUUGGGGGAAGAGUUUGAUGCAGCAUUGGCUCCUGAGAAAAAUGAUGCUGCUGAUCCUUUUGUUGAUGUUGAUAUGCGUAAACCUGGUACUAGCAAUAUGGAGAGAAUGGAUACCUCUGACAGCAUGGAGGCAUCCAGAGGAAGGAAAUUGAAAAGGUCAGAGAAACAUCAAGCUGCCCGUGUGGAAGGACUUGAUCUGCCCAGGUUUGCUGAGCUUGGAAAUCUCACAAAGGAUAACACAACUUUGUCAGCAUCUAAGAAUGUUUGCUGUGACAACAAUGUUGGUGAUGAUGUAAGGGAAAAGACUUCUGAGGCAUCCAUAAUGUGUAAACCUGGUCCUGGCAAUACGGAGAGAGCGGAUACCUCUGACCAUGUAGAGGCAUCCAGAGGAAGGAAAUUGAAAAGGUCGAAGAAACAUCAGGUUGCCAGUGUGGAAGGAGUUGAUCUGCCCAGGGUUGCUGAGCUUGGAAAUCUCAAAAAGGAUAAUACACCUUUGGUAUCUGAGAAAGUUUUCUGUGACAACAAUGAUGAUGUAAGGGAAAAGACUUCUAAGGUAGCUUUGGAAAACAAUCAUAUAAAUUUGGGGGGAGAGUUUGAUGCAGCAUCAGCUCCCGAGAAAACUGAUGCUGCUGGUCCUUUUGUUGAUGUUAAAUGUAAACCGGGGACUAGUAAUAUGGAGAGAAGGGGUACUUCUGAUCAUGUAGAGUCAUCUGAAGGAAGAAAAUCAAAAAGGUCAAAGAAACAUCGAGCUGCCAGUGUGGAAGGACUUAAUAAUCUCCCCACGGUCGUUGAGCCUGGUAACCUCAAAAAGGAUGGCACAACUUUGGCACAUGAGAAUUUUUGCUGUGACAUCAAUGAUGGUGAUGAUGGCAGGGCUGGUAUAAUUGAGAAGGAAGAGAAGGCACUGUUACAGGAUGAUGUUCCUAAACAAACGCCAUCAGAAGCACCCACUUCUAAGCUCAAGUCUAUGUGUCUAGGUAAAACAGAGACGGACUCUAAAGGCGUGGUUAUAUCUUCCAAGUUGUUGCAGUCCUCGGUCAUAUUGGGAACUGGGGAUCCUGGUGAUAAAAGAAGAAAGAAGUCAAAGAAAUCCAAGGAAAAGACUUCUGAGGUAGCUUUGGAAAACAAUCAUGUAAAUUUGGGGGGAGAGUUUGAUACAGCAUUGGCUUCUGAGAAAACUGGUGCUGCUGGUCCUUUUGUUGAUGUUAAAUGUAAACCGGGGACUGGCAAUAUGGAGAGAAGGGAUGCUUCUGACCAUGUAGACGCAUCUGAAGGAAGAAAAUCAAAAAGGUCAAAGAGACAUCGAACUGCCAGUGUGGAAGGGCUUAAUAAUCUCCCUGUGGUUGUUGAGCCUGGUAACCUCAGAAAGGAUAGCACAACUUUGGCACAUGAGAAGUUUUGCUGUGACAUCAAUGAUGGUGAUGAUGGCAAGGCUGGUAUAAUUGAGAAGGAAGAGAAGGCACUGUUACAGGAUGAAGUUCCUAAACAAAUGCCAUCAGAAGCACCCACUUCUAAGCUCAAGUCUAUGUGUCUAGGUAAAGCAGAGACGGACUCUAAAGAUGUAGUUAUAUCUUCCAAGCUGUUGCAGUCCUCGGUCACAUCGGGAACUGGGGAUCCUGGUGAUAAAAGAAGAAAGAAGUCAAAGAAAUCCAAGGAAAAGACUUCUGAGGUAGCUUUGGAAAACAAUCAUGUAAAUUUGGGGGGAGAGUUUGAUACAGCAUUGGCUUCUGAGAAAACUGGUGCUGCUGGUCCUUUUGUUGAUGUUAAAUGUAAACCGGGGUCUAGCAAUAUGGAGAGAAGGGAUGCUUCUGACCAUGUAGACGCAUCUGAAGGAAGAAAAUCAAAAAGGUCAAAGAAACAGCGAGCUGCCAGUGUGGAAGGACUUAAUAAUCUCCCUGCGGUUGUUGAGCCUGGUAACCUCAAAAAGGAUAGCACAACUUUGGCGCAUGAGAAUUUUUGCUGUGACAUCAAUGAUCGUGAUGAUGGCAAGGCUGGUAUAAUUGAGAAGGAAGAGAAGGCACUGUUACAGGAUGAAGGUCCUAAACAAACGCCAUCAGAAGCACCCACUUCUAAGCUCAAGUCUCUGUGUCUAGGUAAAACAGAGAUGGACUCCAAAGAUGUGGUUAUAUCUUCCAAGUUGUUGCAGUCCUCAGUCAUAUCGGGAACUAGGGAUCCUGGUGAUAAAAGAAGAAAGAAGUCAAAGAAAUCCAGGGAUUCUGACCAACCUUCCUCGGUAGCCAUAGAAGAUGCUGAUGGUGUUGGAGGUGCCACUCUGUUAAAUCCUGAGCUCAACAAAGCUUCUUUUAGUGAUCAUCCAAGUGAAAAGCAUGCCACUUUGUUUCGAAAUGAAAAAGCAAGAGUUUCAAAAGUGGGAAGUGUAAAUACCCCAUUAAUAGACCUUGGCAAGGAACCUGAUGCAUGUCAAAAUGAGGUAAACUUUGUGCCUCCAAUUCAAAUCACCAAAAGCCAAGAGGCUGAAGAAGGUAGUGAUUGUAAAUUAAAAAAGAUGGCAAGAAAGACUGAAAAUUCUUCCAAGAAUCUUCCAGAUCCAAUGGCAGAAAAGCGAGAUGUCAGCACUGUAGAUCCUGUACUUCCAUCUGACGAAAAGAAAGGGAAAAGCAUCGGGUCUAAAAAUGCAAAGAAAACAAGGUUGGGGAAAAAAGGUCCUACUAAACAAUUAACUGAUUCAAUGUCAGAAGCUGAGAAAGAUAUUGGGAGUAGGAUAAAUUGUUCCAUGCCAUGUUCAAUCCCUGGGACCAAUGAACCUUCUGAAGCUCCAUCAGAUAUUUUUGUGUGCAACAUAGAUAGGCCACGUCAUGAAGCUGACAUUAGAGAUGAUAUACUUGCAAGUGGCUGUACUGACAAAGGUAACGACCACAUGGAAGUGCCGAAGUUUGAAAGUGAUAAGAUCAGCUGCAUUAAAAACUUUGAGCCUAGUCAGAGGAAACAUGAAGUUGCCCCCGUUAAAGACCUCGGUGCCAAGAGUGUUCAAAUUGAGAGAUCAGAUAAAGAGCUGCCAUCCAAUAAGACAACAAACAAGCAUAAUGUGCAUUCCUUAGGCACCUCACCUGGUUUACAGGAGUCCUUCAACUCAAAUGACAACCAGGGGUUCAAAGAGAAGCCUCGGGAUGAUUCCUCUGAUCCAGUAAAAUUUCAAUCACCAAUAUCAAAGGCCAAAAAGGGUGAACCCAUGCCUAAGACUCCCAACAGAAAGACUAAAACAACUGCUGGAGAUAGGGUGAAAUAUCCAACUUCUCGUUACCAUGAAAAAUGUGAUUCAACUCCUCAUGAAGCCUCAAGAACCAAAAUUCUUGAUUCUUCUGGGACCAGUAGUCCUGUACAUUCAUCUAUAAUCCGAGUUCCCUUCAGAGCUGGGGAUAAUACUUUUGAGAAAGAAAAUAGUGUAGAUUGGGAUGCAUCAGGCUCUAGCUGGGAAAUCUCUGAUGUAGGAGUUCUCAAAAACAUAAAAGGCAGAGAGCUUAAGUCACAGUCCAAGUACAAUCCUGUCACAGCAGGAAAAACUUCAAGUAAGAAAACGGGUGAAGUUUUCAACAAUUCUAUUCGUGAGAGGAGCUUGUUUGCUACUUCAGGUACAAUUUUUAACGACAGUUGUAGUGAAAGUUCUGAAGAUGAUGGUGGAAUAAACAAUUCAGAAACCAGCACCAAAACACCUUCGGAUAGUUCAUCCUCUUUGUCAUCCGACUACUUGGAAGGAACAAGCCACUCACCACAUAAUGCUGUGUAUAGCAGGAAAAGGAAUGAAAAUGGUGGAGACAACCUCAUGGACUCACAAUCUGGAGGUCCAAAGAACAUGACCUUGGAUAUGAUCCUUAGAAGUUCAAGCAGCUAUAAGAAGGCAAAGCUCACAGCCUCUCAAUCCCAACUCAAUGACAAUGAAAGCCAACCUGUUGAAUUUGUUCUGGACGGCCUAGCCGACCCAUAACCAUCCUAGUGGCUAUUUUGGAAGAAUUUGCUCUUGCAGUCUCUUUAUGCACAGUGAACAUUAGCUUCUAGCAAUACAUUCAGCAAGGUUUUACUGCCAAGUUCAUCUCACGUCUUUUACAGGGGAAAUUUUUGACCCAACAUCUGCUGAUUUUUGUUCCUUCGCUGAGAGGAGUAUAAUGUUAACAGGAUGGCAUAAGUGGCAUCUUUUUUUUGGGUGCAUAAAACCAAAAAAUACAUAAGUGGCAUCUUAUGUUCAUAAUAUGAAAAAAAAUGUGCAGUUUGUUUCUUCGUUGCCUAGAAGUUUCAGAAUCCAUACCUGUAAGAUCGUCUUGAGUUUGAAGUUCUCCCAUCAAGAUUUAUUGUUGUAUGUUUAUCAAUAAUUCCCUCUGAUGGCAUUUUUGUAAUGUUUGAAACGGCAUAUGCUUCUAGUUAUUCUCUUA